AUGGAGGCGAAUGCUUCAGCAGAUCCUGCUAAGAUCCUGCUCAUCGCUACGGUCUGGGGCGUGGCUGUCACGGUCAAUGCCUGGACCUUUUUCAGGAUUAGCGGUGGGCUUUUUAACCCUGCUGUAACUAUGGCUUUGGUGCUCAUCCGCGCCGUACCACCACUUGAUGGUCUUCUCGACGUCUUCAGCCAGCUUGCAGCAUCUAUCUUGGCAAGCGCCAUUGCUUAUGGACUCCUACCUGAAGGUGCUCUUGCAGCCACUGAGCUGGGAGAGAACACAACCGUCACGCAGGGGCUGUUCAUCGAAAUGUUCAUUACCGCCCAGGUCGUUGUGUCCAUAUUCAUGUUGGCGACGGAAAAGCACAAGGCUACAUUCAUCGCGCCUGUGGGUAUCGGAUUAGCUGUAUUUGCAUGCGUUCUCAUGGCUUCAACCUACACCGGCGCAGCCAUCAACCCAGCUCGCUCUUUUGCGGUCUGUGUGGUGCAGGGAAGCUUUCCACACUACCAUUGGAUCUAUUGGGUUGGUCCCGGGCUGGGUGCACUGCUGGCAACUGCUUUCUACCAGUUGGUACGCAAGCUGGAGUACUGGACGGUGAACCCCAACGUCGACGACUACGAGACGAAGGUUGGCGAGACCAUUCGAGACGUCGCGAGCAGAGUGGCAGACAUAUCAAAUGUUCCAGGCACGAGGUCAAACGAUCCGACGAGGAUGCCAGAGGGACUGUGA